AUGGUUCGUCUCGCGCGGCCACUGCUCUCGACCAACUCCAGCAACGUCCAAGCCCUUCCCCGCCCCCCGCCCGCUUUCAACCGCGCUCUCGUCGUCGUCAAGUCGGAGUACCCCGUCGGGGUCGACAUUAUCCCCGAGCACAAUCCGUCUGGCGUCGUGAUGGCGAACAGCGGCCAUGCCGGCCCGUCCUCGUCGCCCAACGGGUCUCAACCACAGCCCACGGACAAGAAGCCGCCGCGACCGCCCAAUGCAUGGAUUAUCUACCGCUCAGACAAGCUCAAGGAGCUCGGGAAGCCCAAGCCUGGCCAGCCGAAAAUACCACAGGCUGAAAUUUCGAAGAGCAUCUCGCUCAUGUGGCGGAACGAGUCGGACGUCGUAAAGAAGAAGUAUGAGCGUAUGGCGGAGUACGCCAAGGCUGAACACGCGCGGAUGUACCCGAACUACCGGUUCGCGCCGAUGAAGAAGGCGGACAAGGAGCGUCUGCGCAAGGAGGAGAAGGAGGCAAAGGCCAAGGAACGCGCAGCCGAGAAACGUGCAAAGGCGCGGCCGGGACCGUAUUAUAUUCCUAUGCUCCACGGCGCGGCCAAGGCUGAGGAGGAAGAGGAGGACGGGCUGAUGCCGACGGUGCUGGACCCGAUGGCGUACUCACCGCCCAUCUCGUGCGCCAACACGCCGGAGCCGGUACACGACGACUUGCCCUCGCCCGCCGACGAGCCGUCACCCGCCUCCAUCGGUGAUGAGCACGUUUUGCGUUUGCCGUCGGCAUCGUACAAGGGCAAGGAGCCCGAACAGUCAUUGCUCUUACAGCCUGAGCAGCAGUGGCAAGCCGAGGACCCGAUUGCGCCGGACAAUAACGUCGAGGGACCCGCCAGCUGGACCGCACACGGGCUAUUGCCUGACGGUCCCGGUAACCUCGACUUUGGUCCUAUGGACAUGACCAACAGCCUUGGCUGGGAUCCUGCCUUCCUCGAGUCGCUUAACAACAUGCAGCCCAUGGACGGGAUGCCGACACUUGACCAACCACCCGAGCACCUUGAUAUCGACUUCUCGCUCUUCCCUGGCUCCAUUGAGGCGCAGAACACCGAGCCUACUGAGCAACAGUCCGCCGCUGCCGAGAAUUUCCUCGCACCGUUCAACCUCGAUGCGUUCGACUGGAACGGCCCGCCAGUGUUCCCAACGCUUCUCGAUGAUAACCAGCAGUGGGAUUUGCCUCAGAUGGGUGGUGGCGAUCAGCAGCAGCAGCAGCAGUGGCCCGGGCCGCUCGACGCUCAGCCAUUUGACGGCUCUCAUGACGCUCAAGCGUAUCCCCAACUGCAAGAUCAGCAUCAGUAUGGCCAAUUGCAGGCCCAGGAGCAGCAGCAGCCAACACAUGAUGGAUCGCAACCGGGCUUCUUCGGCCAACAAGACGCCUCUCAGCAACCCCCAUCCCGCCACUCGUCAGGUGAUAUGAUGCAGUAUCUGUCAUUCGACGGUGCGACCGACGCUGGCUCCCGCCACAGCUCAGGCUCUGCCUCGGUGCCACAGUUCAUGGCCUCGCAAACGGAGGGCGAGCGGCAGCGCAUGUCUUCAGUUGCGACUAUCACGACUGAGCGUUAUCAACGCAUAGUGUCGGGUGGUUCCGAGGCACCGUCGCCUUCGUCGUAUUACGCUCCAUCGCCUGCGUCACGGUACUCGCACGAGCCAUCGCCCGUGCCAGCUUCGUCAAGCUAUGCGCCCUCACCGGCCUCUCCUUAUCCACCGUCAACGUUCCCGCAUUCGCAGCAGCCGUCUCCGGCUACAUAUGGCGGCCCGCCCCACAUUCACCGCUCAGUCUCAGGCUCCUCGAUCGCCUCCACGACUUCGACGCAUUCGCAGCAGCAGGCGCUUCAGCCAACUCAGCCGCAACCUUAUGUGCCCCCGGCGGGCGCUGCUAAGGUCGGUUCACGGCGCGUUGGGGGUCGCUGGGCAUACCCCACACAAUGA